CUUUAUUCUCCCUUUCACUCUUUCCAUCCCCCCUUUUUUUUUUCUUUUUCUUUUCUCUCUUUAUCUUUUGUGUAUCUAUAGAAAUAAGCAAGAGUUCAACUGGAUAGUUUUUUUUUUUUUAUAUAUCCAUAUUCUUACUUCCAUCAUAUACACUCAUUAAUAUAUUACAAGGAUGCCAGGACCAGGGCGAUAUGACAACGUAACUGGAUACCCUCCUCAUCAUCAACAACCACCACAACAUCAUUAUGUAGAUACAACAGCUAAUAGUACUUCUAUUGGACGAAGACCUACUACACUUGGUCGUGCUCCUACUCGACGUAUCAUUGCAGGUGCUAAUAGUAAUGUCAAUAACGCCAGUCAAGAUAUUCAACGCGGCCGUACUUUAAUUCGACCUGAUCGGUACCAAGAACCAGCUCCGCUGAUGACAGGCAAACCUCAAACCAGUCGAUCCGCUUUUGAACCAUGGACUCUACUUUCUCGUAUUGUUACUUUUUGGGCUCUUCCUCCUAUGUUGAAAGCAUGUGGAUUACACGAUAAAGGAAUGCAACAAGCUUGGCGUGAAAAAAUUACUUUAUGUUUUUUGAUCGCUUGUUUGGGUGGCUUCGUUGCUUUUAUUACUAUUGGUUUAUCUACUGUCUUAUGUCCUCCUGGUUCUUCAAAUAAUGCUGCCAUUUUUGCUUCUUACAACGAUACUUCUGGUGCUUUUGGUCUGGUCGGGAUUCAAGGUUGGCAAUUCAAUAUCUCUACUUAUAAACCUACUGGUAGUUCUACCAAUUUUUAUGAUCUUCUUCCUGGUACCGAUGUCACUAACAAUUUUCUUCACGGUCAAAACUUGGAAGCUUGUACUAAUCCUGGUGACUCUACUACAGCUUCUUUUGCAGCAGUGACUCUCAAUCCUUGUACUGGUGGAAAUUGUGCUCUUGGUCCUUUGAACGACGCUACUUUCAAAACUCUUUCCAUAUUCAAUUCUACUCGACAAGUUGGUUUUGAUUGGCAACAAAUGGCAAGUCCCAAUCUUACUAAUUUCCUUGUGGUGGACGGCAAUGUACUCAAUAUGGACCCUUAUAUGAAUACUCACAAAACUGCUCUUGCAAACGAUGAAUUGGAUUCUGUGAUACGAACAGUACUGAAUCAAACUUUUGCUAUGGGUGGACGGGAUGCAACCAAAUUGAUGUAUCGUACUUCCGCACUUCAAGCUGCUGUGCCUUGUUUGGUACAAAAAUAUAGAGCUGGAGCUAUUGAUAAGGAUACACCAGGUUGUUUCAUGGCUGCUAUUAUCUUGUACUGUUCCUUAUUGAUUGUGGUAUCUCUUGUUUUGGCAAGAUUCUUGAUGGCUUUGAUCUUUUCUUGGUUCCUUUCUCGUCGACUCUCUCAAACUCCUCAAGAUGUGAACUCUCCUCUUUACAACAAUGCUGCUGGUGCUAUCUCUGUUGGAGCCGCUGCUGGACGUGGUGGUAAAAUGUUCCCUAAUCAACAAUCUAUGGAAAUGGCUGAUAUCAAUACUCCCCUCACUGGUGGCUAUGGAAAUACUCGUGUAGAAAUCGGAAAUGAUUUAUAUACUGUCAUGUUGAUCACUUGUUAUUCUGAAAAUACUGAAGGUAUUCGUGCUACCGUUGAAUCUCUUUCAUCUACCAUUUAUCCUGAUGAUCGCAAACUUUUAUUCUUGGUUGCUGAUGGUAUUAUUACUGGUCAUGGUGAAACGAUGUCUACCCCUGAUAUGUGUUUGGAUCUUGUUACUUUUGAUAAUCCUGCUAUGAAGAAUCCUGAAGCAAAGGCUUACCUUGCUGUAGCAACUGGUUCCAAACAAUAUAAUAUGGCAAAGGUCUAUGCUGGUCAUUAUGUUUGCAAGGGUCACAAGGUACCAUUGAUUCUUAUUGUCAAGUGUGGUGGACCUGCCGAACAAGGAAAACCAAAACCUGGUAAUCGUGGUAAACGUGAUUCUCAACUUAUUCUGAUGAACUUCUUCAGCCGUGUCACUUAUAACGAUCGUAUGACGCCCUUGGAUUAUGAAUUAUUCCAAAAAAUCAAGUAUAUUACUGGUGUUACUCCUGAUCUCUUUGAAGUGGUACUCAUGGUGGAUGCUGAUACAAAGGUUUAUGAUACAUCUCUUCGGGUUUUAGUCAAUUGUAUGGUAAAUGAUAAUUUGAUUAUGGGACUUUGUGGUGAAACGAAAAUUGCCAACAAACGUGAUUCUUGGGUGACAGCCAUUCAAGUAUACGAAUACUUUAUUUCUCAUCAUAUGGCAAAAGGUUUUGAAGCUGUAUUUGGUGGUGUGACCUGUUUACCUGGUUGUUUCUCUAUGUAUCGACUCAAGGCUCGUAAAGGUGAUGGUGAUUGGAUUCCUAUUAUUACCAAACCUGAAAUUGUACAAGAAUAUUCCUCCAAUACUAUUGAUACCCUUCAUCAAAAGAAUCUAUUAUUACUUGGUGAAGAUCGAUUCUUGACAACUCUCAUGCUUAGAAAUUUCCCCUUCCGAAAAAUGGUCUUUACUCCUCAAGCUAUUUGUAAAACAAUUGUACCUGAUGAAUUCAAAGUACUCUUAUCCCAACGUCGUCGAUGGAUUAAUUCUACUAUUCACAACUUAUUUGAACUUGUAUUGGUACGAAAUCUCUGUGGUACCUUCUGUUUCUCUAUGCAAUUUGUAGUGAUGAUGGAUUUAGUUGGUACUUUGACACUUCCUGUAGCUAUUAUCUUGACUGUAGUAUUGAUUAUCAACAUGGCUCGAACUAAAAUUACUGACUUUUCGACGGCAGUACCUUUGAUUCUCUUGAUCAUUGUGCUCUUCUCACCGGCUUUCUUGAUUUUGAUUACGACACGUAAAUGGGUAUAUCUAAUGUGGAUGGGUGUUUAUUUACUUGCUCUACCAGUAUGGAAUUUCGUGUUACCUGUGUACUCAUUCUGGCAUUUUGAUGACUUUUCAUGGGGUGAAACUAGAAAGGUGGAAGGUGAAACUAAGGGCGAUGAUCAUUCCAAGGCUGAAGGACAAUUUGAUCCAUCCAAGGUUCCUUUGAAACGAUGGGAAGAUUAUGAACGUAAACGUAUUAGGGCUAACAAACGACGCGAACGAAAGGAAAGACAAAUUCGAGAAAUGGGACCUACACAUUUGACACAUGAAGGUGGUAUCGAUGAUGAUCGUCGUGGAUUAUUGGAUGAUGACAAUCAAUCAGACGUUUCUGGUGGACCUAUGCAUUAUUUUGAUCCUUCCAAAGAAGCCCCUGUCAAAUCUGGAUCGGGUUAUUAUCCUUCCUUUACUCCUCAAAGUUCUCCUGCCACUCCUCCAAAACAACAACAAUGGCAGCAACCUCCUCCUUCUCAUCAACCUCAAUUCAUGGGUCCUGGACAAUAUAUGGGUACUCCUCCUACUCGACGACAAUAG